AUGUCUAAAUCCAAGAACUUCGAGAUUGCAAUUGUUGGGGGUGGGAUUGCAGGCCUGACUCUUGCCAUUGCCCUCUAUCAUCGCCAGAUCCCCGUCACGAUAUAUGAACAGGCGGCUCAGUUCGGCGAAAUUGGCGCUGGUGUUUCAUUCUCCCCCAACGCAGUGCAAGCGAUGAAGCUAUGCCAUGAGGGCAUCUAUGAGGCUUUCGAAAAAGUCUGUACGCGCAAUGUGUGGCCUGAGAAAAAGCAUGUCUGGUUCGACUACCUCGACGGCCAUACGGGACCACAUCCGGGCCAAGAGCGGCAGGAGAUUGCAUUCUCGAUCACGAAUUCCUUGGGCCAGAAUGGAGUCCAUCGUGCGCAUUAUCUGGACGAGAUCGUCAAACUAAUUCCCAAGGAAAUUGCCCGGUUUGGCAAGAAGCUCUCCGACAUCACCGAGAAUGAAUCCAACGGGAGGCUGGUCAUGAAGUUCGAGGAUGGUUCAACCGCCGAAGCCGAUGCAGUGAUAGGAUGUGAUGGUAUCAAGUCUCGCGUUCGGCAGAUCAUUGUCGGAAAAAACCACCCCAGUGCGCAACCGAGCUAUACUCACAAGUAUGCUUAUCGAGGUCUUGCGCCGAUGGACAGCGCCAUCAAAGCAAUUGGUGAAGAGCUGGCAAUAAAUUCUUGUAUGCAUAUGGGUCCUGAUGGUCACGUAUUGACGUUUCCAGUCAACCACGGCCAGACAUUGAACAUUGUCGCAUUCAGGACGAGUCCUGACGACUGGCCAGACUCCCAGCGACUAACGAGACAUGCAAAGAGGGAAGAAGCUUUGAGAGACUUUAGCGGAUAUGGGUCGAAUGUGAUCCGGCUAUUAAACCUAACCAAGCCUGACUUGUCCGUGUGGGCAAUUUUUGACCUAGGAGACAACCCUGUACCUACUUUUUAUAAAGGUCGCAUAUGCAUAUCUGGAGAUGCGGCUCACGCGACAUCCCCGCACCACGGUGCUGGGGCCGGCAUGUGCAUUGAGGAUACCGCUGUCCUUGCCUCUUUACUCUCGGACGAGCGAGUCCAGUCACCGUCGGACCUCGAUGCAGUAUUCGCAACAUUCACUGCCCGGCGAAAAGAGCGAGGGCAGUGGCUCGUUCAGAGUAGCAGAUGGAUUGGAGAUUGCUAUGAAUGGCGCGCCCCGGGCAUAGGUAAAGAUUUCGCAAAGAUUGAAAAAGAGAUUAAUGAGAGAAAUGGAGUCAUUGCAAAUGUGGAUGUUGACGAAAUGUGCAGGGAAGCGAAGGAGGAUCUAAGAAAGCGACUCGGAAUAUGA